UGAGUAGUUGGGGAAAUUCAAAUAUGGUUUGAAUGCAUUUAAGAGGUUUUGAAUGCAUUUACAACGUUUAAUGAGUAGUUGGGGAAAUACAAAUAUGGUUUGAAUGCAUUUAAUAUAUUAGUGCAAUAUAUACUAGUGCAAUUGCUUAUCUUUAUUCACAAAAACUCCUCUUAAAAUGCCAAAAACUUUCGUCAUAUAUCUGGAGGAAGAGGAUAAAGACAGCUGUGACCCGAACUAUGAACUGCGUAUCCCGGAUUCGGCUGUGAGGUGUUUGUGCGACCUGGACGAAUUGGUAGUAUACUCUGGCCCGCAAAAAAAGAAGUUCAUUGUUCAACUAGAACGCCGGCAGGAGGGAACGUUUAUGGUGAAAAGUGGUUGGCAUGAAGUAGUAGAUUUUUAUCAACUAUUGCCCGAGUUGAUCCUGCAUUUCAAAUAUUAUUGGGAAAACGUAUUUUUUCUUACUGCGUAUUGGGAUGGUGUGGAGUGUUUUGGUUUGUAGUCCUUGGAGUACCGGAUAGGUACUCAUUGAUGGAUUUUGCCCUUAUCAGUGACUUGAUGUGCUCGGUAGUUGAAUACGUAGUUCGAAGCAUAAUAUGACACGAAUGCUCGGAAAAAAAUUUCUUGAAGAUCACUUCCCCUUGGUACUCUGUUGACUAAAAGUCUAUUGGAGUACCAAAGGGAAGUGAUCUUCAAGAAAUUUUUUCCGAGCAUUCGCAUACUACAAUGCAAAUGCUCGGAACAAAUUUCUUGAAGAUCACUUCCCUUUGGUACUCCAAUAGACUUUAAGUCAACAG